AAAACGACUGUUUGGAAGGCGCGCUGCUCUCUUUUAGAUCCGGGAAGAUCUCCGGGCGUCCGCUCCAAAUCCGGCUUGAUCCGGGCGAAAAGGAAAGGCUUAUACAGAUUUGGGAGAAAGAGUAUGCCCCGCCUAACUACCAGCUUGUAAUCCCCCCCUUCUCCUCCUGCCUUUUCUGGUGGCAUUCCUAAUUGAUAGAUGGACACUCUCAACGAAUCGCUUUGCCUACAGGACUUUGUCGGCUCCCCGGACCCUACGACCCUUGGGGGGCCUAUGGGUCCCCUAGGCCACAUGGUCAGUUUGGGGCAUCACCAUCACCAUCAUCACCACCACCAGUCGCCCUUGACCCAAAGGUCUGGGAUGACCGCUGACCACGGGGCAGUGGUCACGUGUUCCACAACACCCCAUUUACCUGACUCGGCAUCAGAUAAGAAAAAAAGAGACGGUUCCUCCCUCCACGAGAAGCCGAGCCAAAGCGGCGCGACGGCCGACUCCCCCGCCGAUAACUCGGCGGACGACGACCCGAAGAAGAAGAAACGACAGCGGCGACAGAGGACCCACUUCACCAGCCAGCAGCUGCAGGAGCUGGAAGCCACCUUCGCACGGAACAGGUAUCCAGACAUGUCCACCAGGGAAGAGAUUGCCAUGUGGACAAACCUCACCGAAGCAAGGGUCAGGGUGUGGUUUAAAAAUCGUCGAGCAAAAUGGCGGAAACGGGAACGCAAUGCAGCUGCAGAAUUGAAGAACGGCUUCAGUACUCAGUUUAAUGGUCUCAUGCAGCCCUUUGAUGAUAGUCUCUAUUCGGGAUAUUCCACCUACAACAACUGGGCAGCGAAAGUGCCCUCACCUUUGGGUGCUAAGAGUUUCCCAUGGCCAGGACUCAAUUCUGUAAAUGUCAAUCCCUUGGUGACACCUAGCCAGGGUAUGGGCUGCUUCAACGCUUCUUCUCCACAAGGCAUCACCAGCUCCAGCAUCAUGCCUAGCGUCAGUAUGCCAGUGAACAGCCUCAGCAAUCCAGCACCACCAUGUCCCUAUGCCACACCAACACCUCCCUAUGUAUAUCGUGAACAGUGUUCCACCAUGACUUCUAGUAUAGCCACACUACGGUUAAAAGCCAAACAGCACACUGCAGCUGGAUUUGGCUCCUAUGCACCCAUGUCUCCUCGCCAAACACCAACUCUGUCACCGUGCCAGUACGCCACAGUAGACAGAACGACGGUGUAACCUUUCACAUAUAUGGUGGACAGUGGACUCAAAUGCUCACACACAAACUUGCUAAGAGUGAAAGCUUCUCCGGCAGAAGGAGUUUUCACUGUGACAAUCUACUAGGACCCCUCUGAUGUGGACUUGUAUGAUACGUUUGAGGAUUUAAAUUUUUACUAAUUGAAUCUUCAUAACUACAUAUUAGAGUAAGGACGAUUGGACGAUGAACGAUUUCCGAGGAAGAAAAAGAAAAAUGUGACAAAAAAAACUUUAAAUUCUCACAUCUUGUUCUUUGAUCAGUUCAUUGUCGUGAAUUUGGUGAUAGAGGCUGGCACUUCAUAACGGUGUUGUUCCUGUAAGUUUCAGAUACAACCCAGAAUUUUUGACACGAUUAUCUUUUUCUUUGAUUUUAAAGGACAAAUCUAUGAUUUUACAAAAGUUGAUUUAGUUCCACAAAAUUUUUUAUUUAUUUAUUUUUCAGUUAUUAUACUGGCAUUCAUUUAAUCUGCAAAGGUUUUGUUUGUAUUCUUCUUAAAAAUU